AUGAUGAUGACGUGCCGUCUGCUGUGCGCCCUGUUGGUGCUCGCCUUGUGCUGCUGCCCGUCCGUAUGUGUGACUGCGAGUGCUAAUGUUAAGAACAAUCCUAACACCACCACUACGACCACAACGACGACGACCACAACGACUACCACCACGACUACCACUACGACGACAACAACUACAACAACUACAACUACAACGACCACGACGACCACUACACAAGCACCAACUGCGACCACCACGACCACGGAGGCGCCAAGCAUUACGACUACAGAGGCGCCAACUACGAGGACCACCCGCGCACCGCCACUUCUUCGCAAAAUUGACGGCAGUCCCAGCAGCCCUGCGUGGGUUUAUGCCCCGCUGGUGCUCGCGGUGUCCGUGCUGGCUUACAGCAGUCUGUGCUGA